UAAAGAUAAGCCCUUCAACAGGACUUCCACUCGAGGGCACGGUAAAACUGUGUUCCUUAUAGGGGUCCCUUAUGCUAAAGAAGUGACCCGACCUUGUCAAACUCCACCAGAGAACAGUCAUCUCCAGCAUCACAAACAACACCUGAUCCAAAUCUGAUGCUCAAGAAUGACCACCUCAUCCAUGAUUCCUGAUCAGCAGCUUCCAACUUCAAGAGGAGGCCUUCAUAAAACGGGGAAGAGUGUGGUGAAUUUUGGGGAGAGUUAUCUCCAUUAGACUAAUAACCGCGCCGACAACAUUGAACAUCCUGACUUCAACAAGAACACACUACCAGCAACAACAAUGCCUAAUUUAGCAGGAAUACCUAACUUAUCGGGAAUGCCUAACUUAUCAUCAUUACCUCCCUUUACCAUGCCGAUGUCGCUGCCGGGGAUGCAGCCUGGUGCACUUCCAGCCAUGUCAUCGUUACCUACUCUCCCAGGUGUGACUACCAGCAGUACAAUGUCACCACCAGGAAGGGGCAGUCCCGCACCACCAAGUGCUGCGUUUUCCCCGGGAGCUACUCUGCCGAUGUCUAUUCAAACCCCUGCUCCCCUCCCUAACCUCCCAAUGAACUUUACUCUCCCCACUCAAGCAACAGGAGAGGUGCCCCAGGGUGUAGAUGGUACCCUUCCCCUACAGACAGCGGCUGCUGCAGGGGAUCCAAGUGCAGCUGCAGCAAAUAUCGCAGCAUCAGCUGUGUCUCCUAUUGUAGCAACAGUAGUCACAUCAUCGGAAACGGUCAAUGCUGCUUCCUACCAAUGCUUUAUAAAAACAACUUUUCUUUUUGAUAUUUUCUUUCUUAAAUGUUGAGGGAGCAUAUCUGUUAUGUGUGUGAGACGGAGAUCUGUGGAUGUAACAGAUUGUGUAGGAAACAUGUUACUGUGUUUUACACAUUGUCCAAUAUGUAAAGAUAUAGAGAUUAUAUACGAGACUUCGUGUGGAUGGUAGAGAUCUAUGUAUGGUUAUCAAUAGUGUAGGUUUAAACAUUAAACAAUAUAAGAUUGUAAAGACAAUAA